UUUACAAUUUUCAUUUUUGUGUCUGUGUUGUUAUUGUGUCUCUACUGUUAGAUACAGACAUGACAGUGGUUUCGUGUAUAAAAUUUUCAAUAAAUAUCCAAUAAACCGGAAACUACCAACUAUCCAUAAAGAUGAGCAACUAAUCCUCAACAGAUUUGAUAUAACCACUGCAAAAUCAUACACAAUAGAAAGUGAAAUAUGAAAAUUCCUAUUAAUGUCUCUGACCCAAAAAAGGGAAUGAGUUAUUUUCUUUCUGUGGGCAGAAUAUUAGCUAUCUUAUCUACACUGAUAGUAGCAGGAGCAAUAUUGUUUCUUUGUAAAGCUUAUAUAAAGUUCCUGCUAUUUUGGUUGGAGAAACAAGAUGGUAUCAUAAUUUCAGCAACAAUAUGUGUCCUGUUUAUUGUUGUUGCUCUUCCAAUUAGUGUAGGAUACAUAGUUUUAGUACUAGCCUCAGGAUAUUUAUUUGGAAUUACCAAAGGAUUAUUAUUAGUAUUAUUUGGAGCAAAUGUAGGCCUAUUGAUUGCCCACAACAUAUUAAAAGUCGUAGGGCACCAUCCGAGUAUCUUCAAGUUUACUCAAAACGACAUGGCUUCCGCGAUUAUGCAAGUCAUUUCAGGGCCGCUUUGUUUUAAAAUUGUUUUUUGCUCAAGACUGACUCCCAUUCCGUUUGGUUUGCAAAAUACCAUUUUUGCUCUAAGUAAUGUAAGUGCCAAAGUAUAUCACAUAGCGUCUCUUCUUGGUCUCUUCCCAGCCCAAUUUGUAGCUGUGUACGUCGGUUCUACACUGCGGUCCAUGCAGGACGUAAUUGAAAAUAACCAUAUAUCUUCGACUACAUACGUUUUUGCUGCAUUACAAUUAAUAUGUGGCGCUUCGCUGAUUAUAUGGAUCGGAAGCAAAGCGAGGACGGAACUGCUCAAAGUACUAGCCGAAGCCGAGAAUUCGGCCAGUAAAAAUGCUGUCUAUAAUAUGGUGUGAUAUAUUUCUUUAUAUUCAGUUUAAAAAAUGAGCCAAUGUAAAUAUGACAAUUAAAUAGGAAGGAACGUUAGGGCCAAGAGUUAAUAAUAAGAGAUAAUAAAAUGAUUAAUACAUGGAAAAAACCGUGAAAUUCCACUCCUGAUUUCAGCAUCGUCUAAACAUUUCGCUAAAGGAUUCGGCAUCUUAAAUUGUUCAUACUCUGGUGGCAUUAAGAUUUAUUCAAAUAAACUAAUUAGAAUAAAUUAGUUGAUUUAAACGCUGGGUGCCAAAUACUAUAGUGGAAUGUCUAAAUACGUCCGGGCGGUAUCGGUCAGCAAAGUAUUUCUACCAAUCAAUGCCAUCGAAAGCAAUUUAGCUUUAAAAUCGUCAUAACUACUGCUGAUGUAAUCACAAUCUCGACUCCCGCACCUCCAUGUCAUCAUAAAUAGGCAAGGCAAAUACCUUCCCCGCUUUCCUAUAUUUCCUACAUAAUACUUAAACGGCCUCUUAUUUGCUGAUCGAUACCGACCGAUUCUGGUCGACAAAGUGUGCUUCAAGUUUUAAGUACAUUUUGUUGCCUAAGACAAGUAGACUUUUAUAUAUUUGUUAAACUAUAAUAUAUCUUUAUAUUUAUAAAAUGCAGUAACAACAUUGUAAAUGUUGUUAUUUACCAUAUUGUUUAUAUCUUUUUCAAAAGGUUGAGAAAAUUGCGGUUGAGAACAUGUUUUCUUGGUAUAUACAAAUGUAAAAAUUAGGUUCACAAAAUAAGGAUAAAUAAAAACCCAUUUUAAAAGGUCUAUAGUUUAUCGAUCGAAAAUGUAAAUUACUUUAAGCAUUUACUUUAUAUUUUUGUGAUGUAAUAAGAUAUACGUUGGAUUUUAGGAGCUAAAAUGUACUAAGUUAUCCAUACUGGAAUUGCUGGGCCUUAAAGUUAAUUUUAACAAACUGGUUUGCCGUAUUUUUUUUCCAGGCGGUUCUACCGUGACGUCUAUCUUUUUCCUCCGAUAGUGGUGGAGGUGAAGGUAAUGGCUCUCUGGUCCAACCUUAAUUCUCAGGGUUUUUAGUUGGGAAUACCCCAAUGAUUAGUUUAGUAUGUUUUCUAAAGUUUCAGCUUCUAAAUUAAUUUCCAAAGUUUGUCUUAUUACGUAAACCUCUAUUUACAAAAUUAAUUAUUCCUUAUCCUAUUUUUAAGACAUUUAAAGUUAAUAUAAGUUUAUAUGCAUUCUAUCUAUAAUAAGUUGGACUGACAUUUUGUAUGCCUCCGGAAAUUUGUUAUUUUUAGGUAUUUAUAUUUUAUGAAAUAAUGAAAAAUGUAGCUACCAUUAUUGACCAAAUAGUAGAUUAUUAUAUUUUAUACUUUGAAGUAAAAAUGAUCUGUGUUUAUGUCUGAUAGCGAAAAGUAUUAAACAGUGACAAAAUAUAAAAAAAAAUUGAGAUGGAUAUUUUAAGAUCUAAUAAAUUUGGAUAUAUUUAUUUUA